AUGUCUUCCCGCAACUACUGCUCUGGAAACUACAGCUCCAGAUCCCUGAGAAAUCCCUGCCAUACUCCAGGUUCUUCUUCCAUUGCCUUCUGCACUAACAGUGUGAACUAUGGAGAUGCCAUCUGCCUACCCACUAGCUGUCAAGGCAAUUCCUGGAUCGUGGACAACUGCCAUGAGACCUACAGUGAACCAACCAAAGACAACUGUGGUGAACCAGCCAUCUGCCAGCCAGCCAACUGUGAGCGCAGAACCUGUGAAGCCUCCUGCUGUCCUUCCACUGCUUACUAUGUGUCCAGACCCUACCAAGGGACCAGCUUUCUUCCUGUAUCUUCUGCUUUCUCUGGUUCUUACCUCCCAGUGUCCUGUAGACCUCUGACCUAUGUGUUUAGCGGUUGCCGUCCACUAAGUUCCCAGCUCAACAAUAGCCAUUCCUUUGGCUGUGUACCCAUGGGCUAUGGACCACUGAACUGUUUGCCCAACAGCUGUGGACCUGUGAACCUUCUCAAUUAUGGGUACCGACCCUUUGGAGGUUUGACCUGUGGGCCUCAAUCUCUUGGUGUUGUGCCUAACAGCGUCAGGCCUGUUCGACCUCUCUCCAGUUGUUGCCAACCUCUGACCCAUGUUAUUAGUACUUGUCGUCCAUCUUGCUCUGCACUGGGAAACUGGUAG